CUAAAUGGAGACAUUAGCUCUAAUCCAGGACCGGAAAGUUGCACCGUUUGUAGAAAAAUGGUGGCUAAAAAUCACAGGGCUGUGUGUUGCAACUCCUGCUCUCCACGAAUUCAUAUCAAGUGCGGUGGAAUCUCACCAAAAGAGUGUAAGCGAUUACAGGCUUCUGAAACCGCUAGUUGGAUAUGUCCUCCCUGCUUGGACGAGAUAAAACAACUACCUUUUGCUGACGUUAGUGAGAUUGAUAGCAGCUACAGUUCUUGCAGUGACACCGACCAGACUCUGAAUGAGAACGAAGACCACAACAACACUUGGACGAGUUUUGACACUUUAGUUAAAAUGCAUCGGAGAAACGUAAAGAUCGGUCAUAUCAAUGCCAACAGCAUAGCCGGCUUUAAAUUCCAUGAAAUAAAA